UUAUAGAACUGACUCCUGGGGACACACUUGGUUGGAUGCAAUUAAAAUGCCUGUCAGGCAUUUGAUACCAGAAGCCCCUUGACAAACUGCUAAAUCUGCCAGCAACGCAGCAUCCUAUUGUGAGUGAAUGAUGGCGGAGCUGGGUGGCUUGUCAUCAUUCUCGAAAAUUCUGUGGCUACUGAGCUCUCUCUUCCUCUCCCACUCGCCUUAUUUUCCUUUUCGCCACUGCAGGGACUUUUUCUAAUUUGCAGUUUUCAUUUUCCCGACACACAUAGACACAAGCUGGCGGCUUGCAGACUGCGUCUGUCUAGAGGUAGACAGCAAACCAAAGGAUAAUAACACUGGAGAAGAAUGAUUUUGCAGCAGUACUUGAAGAAUAGAAUUUGGGGGUCUUGCUGCAUAUGCGCCGAUUCUACAGCCGGUUGUCAUUAACACAGGAUACAUUGAUUGGAAACUACUCAUUCAGAAAAUUAAAAGGAGAGGUCACAAAGGAGAAAAGAAUGGCAGAUGACCGGAAAGAUGAAGCUAAAGCACCUCACUGGACAUCAAGUCAACUGGCAGAGGCAUCUUCCCACCCACAUUCACCUGAGCUUAAGGAACAAGCAGGAGCAGGGGAUGGAAUAGUCCGAAGCGCCAAUGGAUUUCCAUACAGAGAAGAAGAAGAAAGUGGCUAUGGAGAUCAUGGGCAACAGGGUACCUGUUCAAGAACCAAAGAGAAUGGGAUUAAUGGAGAGCUCACCUCAGCUGAAAGGGAAACAGCAGAGGAAGUAUCUGCAAGAAUAGUCCAAGUAGUAACUGCGGAAGCUGUUGCAGUCCUCAAAGGUGAACAAGAAAAAGAAGCCCAGCAUAAAGACCAACCUGCAGGACUCCCUAUAGCAGUUGAAGAGUCUGCUAAUCUGCCUCCCUCUCCACCUCCAUCACCAGCCUCUGAACAGACUGGAACAGUGGAGGAAGAUGAAGGGGCUGAGGAUAAAGUGGGACCUCUGCCUGCCACCAGCGGGGAGAGGCGUAAGCUCCUAGCCCCCUCCAUUUCAGUGUCUGUGCCUGAUGAUGACCCUUACAAUUCAGAUGAGGAGUACUAUGAGCACCCCUUGUUCAGCUCAGAGUGGACUGACUGUAGUAUGCUCCCCAGUGCCACCACGCAGAUGGCAGAGACCCUGUUGAGCCAUGACAAAGAAGAAACGAUAGAGGGUCCAAUGGCUGAGGAGGUGAAACCUGCUGCUCUUCCUGAAAAAGAAUGGGGCAAAGAGUGUGGUCCCGCUAAGCCCUCAGACCAACCAAUGGACCUCAGUGAGGUCCAAGUGGAUUCUAUUUCGAAAGUCAAAAUAGUUCCAGAAGAAAGUGUUUCCCCUGGGGGACCACUUGAGAAAAGUACAAAAGUGGUCCAGGAAGUGUCUCUGGAUAUAAAAACACCUUUCUCUGCUGAGGAAGAUUUACUUACAGCCUCGAAGAUGGAGUUCCAUGAACAACAGGGCACUGGCCCUCUCACAGGUGAACCAUUAGACAAGAAGGAAAAGGAAUCUGAGAAAGGAAGUAAGCCUGCUGAACUGCCUAAACAUGAUGCCUUAGUUGCCCAGCCAGCACCACCUAUAGAUAAAAAGGACAUACAUCACAGAGAAGAUGAAAAGGUACCUCUUACCCCAUUCGCACAGACUUUUGGGGAAGAGCUAGAGUACAUGCAGCAGAAAAGUGAACCAAUUGCUGCAGCACUUGAUGUGGAUUUUCCUACAGAGACUGUACUUCAGAAAGAGCAAAAAGACUUGUCCAUUGAAGUACCCAAGGAUGAAUGGAGUACAUAUAGUCAAUUAUCUCCUGAACCUCUCACACCCAUGAAAGAAAACUAUGAAGUUCAAGAAAUCCCAAAAUGGGAUGGGAAAAAACUAGAUUCUCCAAGACCAACACCCUUUGGAAGUAUGAGCUUUUCUUUACCUUCUGAACCUAAGGCUGAUUUGUCAGAUGCCACAAAAGAUAAACUUGAGUCCAAAGCACUACCCUCAACAACAGAGGCACUGAAGCCAGAAGAUAAAAAACCUGAAGAGGUUAGCAGCUCACAGAUUGCCAAAGAGAUUCCAAAAGAUGAACAAAUCCAUAUGGAAAAAACCUUAAAAGCAGAGGAAACAACUGCUUCAAUGGAAAUUUCAUCAUCUGUAAAAGCUGAAAAGCCAACUGUGUCAGAAAGUCCUAUUAAGAAAAUUUCCAGUGUUGGAGAAGAAAAAGAUGUAAUAAAGCAAGAAAGUGAGCAGAAAAAAGAGCCUUGUACAUUCAAUGGACAGAAGUCUACUUUAUUUGACAGUGAACUUUAUCCAAAACCAGAAGAGAAAAAUGUCAUUCCUGAAAAGAAAACCCUGUUAAAAGAAAGUGAACCCCAGAAGAUAGAUGAAGAGAUGGACAUCAGCAGUGUGUCAACAGAGAAAACAUUCCAAAAAGAAGAAAAGAAAGACCAAAAAAUUCCCACUGAUGAUUUAAGUCGAGAUUCAUUUUCUGAAGGCAUAGAGCAAGUCCUCUCAGGUGCAGCCACAACGUCAAAAAUGUUGGAUAAAACCCCUGAUGAACUAGGUCUCCUCAGUGAAAAGAGUGCAUCCAAAGAACUGUUUCGAGAGGAAAUUGUUGACAAGGACAUGGAGGUCCACAGAACGGGGGCUGCAUCCUCUCUUGAUUAUAACAGGCAGCUGGACGAAGACAAAUCCGGAAUGUCAAAGUACUUUGAAACCUCCACAUUGAAAGAAGAAACCACAAAGAACAUCCAGUCUGGUAGUGAUUACUAUGAAUUGAGUGACACAAAAGAAAGUGUCUAUGAAUCCUAUGAUACAGUUUCACCUAUACAUAAAAGUUCUGAAAAGGAAUUUUACCCAGAAAAAGAGCAGCAACCCGCUCCCGUUUUAGAGGGGGGAUACAGUACCCUUGCACAGAGCUAUCCAGCUGAUCUACCUGAAGAGCCUAGUUCUCCCCAAGAAAGAAUGUUCACCAUUGAUCCAAAAGUUUAUGGAGAAAAAAGGGACCUCCACAGUAAAAAUAAGGAUGAUUUGACUCUAAGCCGGAGUUUAGGACUUGGUGGUAGAUCUGCAAUAGAACAAAGAAGCAUGUCAAUCAAUUUACCCAUGUCUUGCCUGGAUUCCAUAGCACUUGGGUUUAAUUUUGGCCGGGGACAUGAUCUCUCUCCACUAGCUUCUGAUAUUCUCACUAAUACCAGUGGGAGCAUGGAUGAAGGGGAUGAUUACCUUCCAGCCACAACUCCUGCCUUAGAGAAAGCUCCUUGUUUCCCAAUAGAAAGCAAAGAAGAAGAACAAUUGGAGGAAGAGAAAGUGACCAGAGCAGAUAAUAUCCAGGUAGAAUCAUUGUGUGAAUCACCUUUCCUGGCCAAAGAUUAUUAUAAAAAUGGGUCCGUGAUGGCCCCUGACUUGCCCGAAAUGUUGGAUCUAGCAGGCACAAGAUCCAGGUUAGCCUCUAUGAGUGCAGAUGCUGAGGUGGCAAGAAGGAAAUCAGUACCAUCUGAGACACUACUUGAAGAGAGCAGCACUGGCUUGGCCACUCCAACUGAUGAAAACCAUGUUGCCACAAAAGCAGACAGUCAACUUGAGGAUCUGGGUUACUGUGUUUUCAAUAAAUACACAGUUCCUCUACCAUCACCUGUCCAGGACAGUGAUAAUCUAUCAGGUGAAAGUGGCUCCUUUUAUGAUGGUUCUGAUGACAAGAUCCGAAGAGAUUUGGCCACUGAUCUUUCAUUAAUCGAAGUGAAAUUGGCAGCAGCUGGAAGAGUCAAAGAAGAAUUCAGUAGUGAAGGAGAGCUAGCCCAGCCCAUCUCUGAGGAUAGGUCAGGUCUUGGUAAAGAGCUUGAUCAUGAAAGGAAAAGUAAUGAUAAAUUGGAUACUGUGCUAGAAAAGAGUGAAGAACACAUUGAAUCCAAAGAAAUACUGCUUCUGGUAGAAAAAGAAUACCCCAAAAAAGCAGAGGGAGUGGAUAAAGUGGAAGCAUUUGGAACAGGAAUGACCUUUGAACAAGUAUUUGGGAAAGAGCCCAUCAAACCAAAAGAAACUUCUAUUUUCACAAGUGAACAGGCAGAAAAGAGUCUUAGUUCAGUGCCAGAGGUGACUGAGGCGGAAUCAUCCCCAAAAGCAGACCAUGGAUUGGAUGCUGAUGCCAAGAAAGUUGAGCAGAGUCAACCUGAAGCUAAGAUCAGUGACUUUGGGCAGGCUGCUUUAGGAAUGGUAGGAGAUACCGAGAAAGGAACAGAACCUCAUAUCCAGGCUGUUCAACCAGACAGGACCCAUACAGCCAAACCCCCUGAGGGAGACACAUUUCCCAGUACUGAGCCCAGUCACCUGAAAGAGAGCAGCAAGGUUUCUGAGACAGAAGUCAAAGAAAAAGUGCCCAAGCCUGACCUGGUGCAUCAGGAAGCAGUAGAUAAGGAAGAAUCCUAUGAGUCAAGUGGAGAACAUGAUCACACUCCUGAGAGUCUGACUAUGGAAUCUUUGAAAGCUGAUGAGAGCAAGAAAGAAGUGGCCCCAGAAGUAACUGUACUGCAGGAAGACAUCCCAGUGAAAUUGCCAGCAGAAGAGCCUCCAGCAGUAAGUGAUUUAAAGAGUUAUGUAGUACAGACCGAGGGGCCUGAUAUCCAGAUGGAGCAAGUUCAGCAGCCAAAAGAAGAUGUCAAGGAAACUCCAGACAUCUCCAUCACUCCCUCAGAAGUCAUUGAACCAUUGCUACAAGGGAUUGUAUCUGAACCAGAGGAGACUCAGAGGGAAGAAGAGGAAGAAAUAGAAGCCCGAGGAGAAUAUGAUAAACUACUUUUCCACUCAGAAACUCUCCAGAUAACAGACUUGAGCGUUCCAGCUGUCAAAGAAGAAUUGGUGGAGUUGGGUGCAGCUGAGAUGCCUGAGUACAAGGGAGUAAUUGAGUCAGUGGUGACCAUUGAGGAUGACUUCAUCACCGUAGUGCAAACCACAACAGAUGAAGGAGAAACUGGUUCCCACAGUGUGCGUUUUGCUGCCCUCGAGCAGCCAGAAAGUAGAGCCUCUCCUCCUGAAGAAGAGCAAGAAGAAGAAGUACAAAUAGAGAAGUCUGCAGAAGCAGUUGGAGAACCUAAGGAAGGAUCCCCUGAGGCCCCUGCUUCUCCAGAAAAGGAAGAAAUUGGCUUUUCUGAAUACAAGACAGAAACGUAUGAUGAUUACAAAGAUGAAACAACCAUCGAUGACUCCAUCAUGGAUGCUGACAGCCUCUGGGUGGAUACUCAAGAUGAUGAUAGAAGCAUCAUGACAGAGCAGUUAGAGACUGUUCCUAAAGAAGAAAAAGCAGAGAAGGAAGUUCGGAGACCAUCUCUCGAUAAACAUAGGAAAGAAAAACCCUUUAAAACUGGGAGAGGCAGAAUUUCCACUCCUGAAAGAAAAGUAGCUAAAAAGGAACCUAGCACAGUCUCCAGAGAUGAAGUGAGAAGGAAAAAAGCAGUUUAUAAGAAGGCUGAACUUGGUAAAAAAACAGAAGUUCAGGCCCACUCUCCUUCCAGGAAAAUCAUUUUAAAACCUGCUAUCAAAUAUACUAGACCAACUCAUCUCUCCUGUGUUAAGCGGAAAACGACAGCAGCAGGUGGAGAAACUAACCAGGCUUCUGGUGUAUAUAAACAAGCAAAGGAUAAAUUCACGGAUGGUGUAAGCAAGAGCCCUGAAAAGCGCUCCUCUCUGCCCAGGCCUUCUUCCAUCCUUCCUACUCGAAGAGGGGUAUCAGGAGACAGAGAUGAGAAUUCCUUCUCCCUCAAUACUUCUAUGUCUGCUUCAGUUCGACGAACCACUAGGUCAGAACCAAUUCGCAGAACAGGAAAAAGUGGUACAUCAACACCCACCACUCCGGGCUCCACUGCCAUCACUCCUGGUACACCACCCAGCUAUUCCUCCCGUACUCCAGGCACUCCUGGUACCCCUAGUUACCCCAGAACCCCACACACACCAGGAACUCCCAAAUCUGGUAUCCUGGUACCCACUGAGAAAAAGGUUGCCAUUAUACGUACUCCUCCAAAAUCUCCAGCUACCCCUAAACAACUACGGCUUAUUAAUCAACCGCUGCCUGACCUGAAGAACGUAAGGUCCAAAAUUGGAUCCACAGACAACAUCAGAUAUCAACCUAAAGGUGGACAGGUUAGGAUUUUAAACAAGAAGAUGGAUUUUAGCGAGGUUCAAUCCAGAUGUGGUUCCAAGGAUAACAUCAAACAUUCUGCAGGGGGAGGAAAUAUACAAAUUGUUACCAAGAAGAUUGACCUAAGUCAUGUGACAUCCAAAUGUGGUUCCCUAAAGAACAUCCGUCAUAGGCCAGGUGGUGGCCGUGUGAAAAUUGAAAGCGUGAAGCUGGAUUUCAAAGAAAAGGCACAAGCUAAAGUGGGUUCACUUGACAAUGCCCACCAUAUACCUGGAGGUGGUAAUGUCAAGAUUGACAGCCAAAAAUUGAACUUCAGAGAACAUGCUAAGGCUCGCGUAGACCAUGGUGCUGAGAUCAUCACACAAUCUCCGGGCAGAUCCAGUGUGGCUUCACCCCGGCGACUCAGCAAUGUCUCCUCAUCUGGAAGCAUCAACCUGCUUGAAUCCCCCCAGCUUGCCACUUUGGCUGAAGAUGUCACUGCUGCCCUUGCUAAGCAGGGCUUAUGAAUCUGUAUCAUUUAACACUGAAUGAAGUAAUGCUAUUUAGUCAUGAGUUCUUGGCAGGAGCGGGCUCAGAGCAGGUGUUAUAUUCAAUCCUUACAAAUUCUAAAAUAAAUCUUAUCCCAAGAUUGUGGUAACCAAUUAUGAUAAAAAUAAUUCCCCAAAUUUAAAUAUGUGCAGAAAUUGACCUGAUUUUCCUUUGCAGCAAGAAGACUCAUUGGCUUUACAUGAGUACAAUUGCAACAUAUUCCAUUGGAUGAUUCUUGUUGCUCUGCUCUGUCUUGCAUGGAGUAUUAUGAUAAAAAUGCAUUUUUACCUUUCAUGUGCCUGAAGGCCAUCCACUAUUUUCUGAAGAGCCUCGUUAAUAUCCAAGCUGCUCAUUUCACUGGUUUGUUUGUGGGCAACAAAGGUUGUCCUUUUGUAACUUAUUACAGGUUAAAUUAAACUGAGUCUGGUUACAAGAUGAGAAGAACAUAUAAGAAAAAAACAAGUUUUAAAAAAGUGUUAUUUUGUAUAAAUGGGAAGAAAGAUUCAAUUAAGUUAUUAACAUUUGGGGCCUGGAUAAUUAAAUCAGUGUAUAGGUGAUUCUGAUAAAUUAUUUAACUAAUUAAAAAAGUAGUUGAAGAACACUUGAACUGUAUUUUUGAGGAAGUGAUAUAAAAGAGCAGCUAUUAGUCAUGGAGCACUUCCACAACUAUGGACUUGUGUCUGAUUAGGAUGUCAGUUAAUUGGCUAGAUUUGUGUCCACACUACAAGUUUCACAUCCUUUCCAUCUGUUUGAUACAGUAUUAUAGAUAUACAUAUAUAUAUACAUAUAUAUAUUUCUCUGUGGCCAUUUGUGAUACUCCCUCAUAUACUUGAAUAUUAUACUUUAUUAUUCACAGUAUCUGUGUCUCUUGCACCCUUUGGUGUUGAAAUUUUAGGUAUGUGAAAGUAGAUGUUAGCAGGGUUUUUUCCCUAUUAAAAAAAAACACAAAACAUUUAAAAAGAGAAAAACUGUUAGCAUGAAAUUGCUUUCUGUAACAAUUAAAAGCCGUGCCCCUGUUAUAGUGCCAGAUACAAGUCUCUUCUGUAAUGCUAGAAUUUUUAUUUUCCUUAUCUGUUUCUCUUCACCAACAUAGAGUUUUCUGGGAAGGUCUGGAUAUAUGUAAAAGAAUCAAAAAACUGUUGGUUUGAGAUUCUGGAAUUUUUUUAAAUUAAGAAGUAAUUUGGGUUUUACUCCUAUAAUUACGAGAUGAUGGCCUCUUUUAUUUAUUUACUUUUUUUUUCAUUUGCUAAAGUUGAAUCCAGGAAAGUGAAUUUGAGAAAUUCCUCUCCUCAGGAUGUCAUCUCCUUGCUAAAUUAGAUAUACUAUCAGAGGUGGCCACCCAUUGAAAUAGAACAUUUGUCCACAUACCAAAAAAGCAAAGAUGCUUUCAAUUAGAAGAAUUUUUUUUAAGCGUACAUAGAAGCAAAAAGUGGAGAUCCAGUGUCCGAUUUGAUGGAUAUCCUUCAGGACUCUGUAUAACACGGAAUCAACUUUUAAUUUAAAAAUACUACAGCUUAGGAUGAUUUCUCAAGUAAGAGCUGUUCUAAUGUUUUCUAUAGUAAGCUUGUCUAGAAAUCAGGAAAGAACUAAUUCAAAUCAUAAAUUUUUGAUUUUUAAGCUCAUUGACAAAUAUUUUCCAUGGUCCAUUUCUGAGCUGUCCCUAAAUAGGGCCAGAGAGAUUGAUAUGUUUAUGGAAUCUCUUUGCUAUUUUAAGUGUUCUUAAGAUCUCUCAUUUUAGUGACUGAGCUAAAAGAGUGUGGAAGUUAGAUAGUGAAGUUUGUUGUUUCUUUUGAACUAAUUCAGUUCCAACACUUGAGAGUGAUAGUAGAGGGAGAGAAUGCGUGUGGACUUCAGCAACAUUUUAGUGUGGAUCAUCUAACAAAAAUCCAAAGGGUGAAGAGACAGAGAGCUACAUGGAUAGUGUAAUGACCCAUCAGAUAUAGUCAUUAAUGUGAAUUCCCCAAGGGGAAAACCCUAGAAAUAGAAAGAAUCCCUCCUUCAUUAGUUUUCAAAAGAGCUUUUAUCCACUUCCAAUCCUGUCUAACACUGUCUAUCAGUCAGUUGUUUAAUGCAAAUGUUGUAAAUUUAGAAACUGAGUGGGACAAUGGGUUUCUAAUUUCUGCCUUGUAAUUGCUAAGCAGAGUUUGCUUAAACUAACCCUGGCAUUUACACAGAAAUAUUUCCUGGUGUAGAGCAUCAAAGUCCUUAAUGUUGCACAAGCAGGAAAACCAGUAGUGUGGAACACCUUGCUCUGACUCUGUACCACCAAGUGCAAAAGAAGUUGCCAGUAUUUUUCUUACACCUUUUGAUAGUGUUAGCUAGCAACUAAGGUGCUGUGGAACAUUCAUUUGACAGAAAUUGAAUACCAUCCGGUCAGGAUAGCAUUUAACCUGUGACCCAAGUAUUUUUUAGAUCUGCUUUUAAAUUACAAACAAGCUCCGAAAACAAACAAAAACAACUCAGGAUGGUAAAGUUUAGUUACCUACAUAUAAAAGUCCAGAGUUAGUUUAGUGGAAGACAUUUGAGUCAUUUCUCGUCCAGUGCUAGCAUGUUUUUCAGAACAAGUAAAUUGCCUUGCUCAGAAGGAAUCAUGAUUCUUUGUAAAAACCAACAAAAAGAAACACAUUUUGCUGACUCAAGGGAAACACACAGGUUAAGUUACAGGGCUCUAGAAGCCCCUUUAAAAAAGCCAAGCCUUUUCUUCACUCUCAAGAACACUUCAACAUAAGCUUUGCAAACAAAUACUAACAAGGAAUACAGUGCAUCUAGUGGUCUAGAAGUCAACUAAAAAAACUUCUGAUUCUAGAUCUUCUAUAUGCAGUUUUACUCUGGCUUUGGCUACUGAGAAUCAGUCUCACUGUAACUUUAAGUAAUCCAGAUCCAUGAAGAGUUAUAAGGCCAAUGUUCACAAAAGAACCAACUCUCUCUGGAAUCAUCUGCAACUGAGAAACAUUUAAAUUACAAUGAUCCAGAUUCAUGAAGAGUUUUAAAGGCCAUGUUCACUUGAACCAACUCUCUCUGGAUUCACCUGCAGUGUUAGCAGGAUGAUGGGCUCCAGCCCCAUCCACAGCAAAAUCCCUGUAUAGGUGAGUUAGCAAGGAUGUGAAAAGGACUGGACAGAAAAAAAUUGAAGGAAGUUAGGAAAAUGCAAAGGCAGUCAGUCUACAGAUACCUAUGAUAGACUUUACAUUUUUUUCCUACUAGGUACACAGGAAACGAUAUAUUAAGAACCAAAUAAUAUUACAUUAGUAUUAAUGUAGUGAUGUUCCUCAUAUUUUAUUCCAACACCACUGAAAAUAUAAACUUUUUUUUUCUUUCAUACCAGAAGAAAGAGAAAAUGGAAUAAUUAGCCUUUAAGUGACAGAAAAAAAGAGUUUCUGCUUGAAAGUAGAUUCAUAAUAUUGGAGACAGAUUCCAUAUAUUCCUUCAAAACAUGGAUAUUUCAACUUAAUUCCAUGUUUGUGUUUAAAAUUAUACAGACAGGAUUCUAGCCUAGGUGAGUAAGGUGGAGCAAUUCCCUCUACAACAAAGCUGCCUAUUUUCAAACUCAAAAAAAAAAGCUUAAUCAUAACAAUUCACUUCAACUUUAGCAAAGAGGAAAAAAAACCAAGCAAAAAAUGCACACCCAGUGUGCCCGGAUUCCAAUUGUUAAAACAUACCUUACAAAUCUAUGGGGUUUUUUUUUCUGAGAAUUCUAGAGCCUGUUACCAUAGAGAGGCAUUUCUUCAGUGGCUGGUGGUAGUUAGUUCAUGUUUUUUCAAUCAGAUUUGCAAUUGUAUUUGUUGCUGAAUAGUGAUUGUUUUGCAAAAUAAAAUUGCUUGUCAUCUAA